AUGGCUCCACUCUUGCUGCCGCAGAUGAUAGCCUCGAUGAGUACGCCCCUUGCUUUGGGGGUGGCUCUCAUCACUGCUGUGAUAGCUCGUGCUUUCAUUAGACGUUACAUCACACCAAUUAGAGAUAUUCCCGGUCCUUUCUUGGGUUCUUUCUCAAGUCUCUGGAUAGUGUAUCAGUUAUGGAAAGGUCACUUGGAAGCGGAAACCAUCAGUCUCCAUAAGAAACACGGUCACUUUGUUCGUAUCAGAGAUAAUGAAGUUAGCGUCUCUCAUCCUGAUGCUGUGAGGCAACUCUUGCAUGCCAAUAUUGCAAAGGGACCAUGGUAUGCCAUCUUCAGUCUUCCAGACUAUCACUAUGUGAACCAAAUGUCAGAACUCGACCCCAAGAGACACAUUGAGAAAAGUCGUAACAUCGCAUCCGGAUAUGCUCUGUCCAACAUUAUCAAGUCAGAACCCUAUGUCGAUGCAGUUCUGGAACUCUUCACCAAGGCUAUGAACGAGACUAUCAAAGCCGGCAAAUCAUUCGAGUUUGAUAAAUGGUUCAGCUUUUACGCAUUCGACGUGCUGGGUGAAGUCACAUUUUCCAGAUCCUUUGGCUUCGUUGAAACCGGUACUGAUGUCAGAAAUGCCAUUUCAAACACUCGAGCGCUCGCCCUGUAUAUCGCCGUUAUGGGUCACUAUACCUGGUUCCACAACCUGACCUUGGGAAACCCUCUCCUCAGUCGUCUGGGUAUCCAACCAUCAUCGCAUAUCUUCGACACAUGUCUUGCCGCCAUUAGCGCACGCAAAGAGAAUCCCGAUGCGCGAAAGGAUAUGAUGCAGCAGUGGCUAGAUACCCGUGCCAAGUACCCUGAUCGCAUGGCGGAGAAUGAGAUCUUUGCUGCCGCUGUCUCGAAUGUUGGUGCCGGAGCUGACACUGUCAGCGCUACUGUGCAAUCACUUUUCUAUUGCCUCAUUCGCUCCCCGCAAUAUCUGGAACGACUAUGUGAGGAGUUGGAUGCUGCUCAGACUCGUGGAGAACUUUCGCCUAUUGUCCAGUACAAUGAAGCGCAGAAGCUGCCUUUCCUUCAGGCUUGUAUGAAAGAGAUUUACCGCUUGUACAGCGCAGUUCCUAGCCCCCUUCCCCGCGUUGUUCCCAAGGGUGGAAUGACCAUUGGAAGCAAAUAUUUCGCUGAAGGCGUUAUUUUGAGUGUCAAUCCCUGGGUCUACCACCGGAAUCCUGCCCUCUUUGGUGAAGACUGUGACACCUUUAACCCAGACCGCUGGCUUGAGGGCGACAAUAAAACCAUGGACUCUUUCUUGAUUCACUGGGGAGCUGGAUAUAACCAAUGUCCUGGACGCAAUCUGGCUCAUUUCGAGAUCACUAAACUGGCUGCCACGCUGAUCCGAGACUUCGAUUUUGAGCUGACUGAUCCCAAGAAAGAAUGGGAAUGGACCAAUAACUUCACUUUUGUUCCCUGGGGAUGGCCUUGCAAUAUUCGUCGUCGUUCUCAGGCUGCGGACUACUAG